UGAAAGACUUAGAACACGAUGAUAACGCGAGAUCACGACUGUAAUGCUUAUGUGCAUGCUCAGUGCACGAUUGUUCUUACAGCACGAUGACAUCAUGGUUAUCACCUCUAGAUGAAGCAGUAGCCACACAAACCACAUCUUCCCUCAGGACCAAAGUCUCUUUGUGUUCACUUAUGGAUAUGUAAAUAUUCGGAGUGUAACUAUCUGAUGAGCUGGACCGAUUCAACAAUCAUCCAACUGGUGUGAAUGACUGACGUGGUGCCGCCCACUGCGCUCAGCGAAGUCAAACUCCGCCUCCUGUGCCAAGAUGACAUAGACAGUGUUAAAGUGCUGUGUGGUGAUUGGUUCCCCAUCGAGUAUCCCGACUCGUGGUAUCAUGACAUCACGUCGAACAAGAAGUUCUUUUCCCUGGCCGCGACUUUCAAAGGUGGCAUCGUGGGGAUGAUCGUGGCUGAAAUAAAGGGCAGAACAAAAGUGCACAAAGAGGAUGGAGACAUUCUGGCCUCCAGCUUUCCUGUUGACACUCAGGUCGCGUACAUUCUGAGUUUAGGAGUGGUGAAGGAAUUUCGCAAACAUGGAAUAGGUUCCCUGUUGCUGGACAGUCUGAAGGAGCACAUCUCCACGACGGCGCAGGACCACUGCAAGGCCAUUUACCUGCACGUGCUCACCACCAACCUCACAGCCAUCCACUUCUACGAGAACAGAGACUUUAAACAGCAUCACUAUUUGCCCUAUUAUUACUCCAUCCGAGGGGUGCUGAAGGACGGCUUCACCUACGUCCUGUACAUCAACGGCGGACAUCCGCCUUGGACCAUCUUUGAUUAUCUUCAUCAUAUCGGAUCAGCGCUGGCCAGCUUGAGCCCGUGUUCCAUUCCACAGAGGAUUUACCGGCAAGCACAGAGUCUCCUGCGCAGCUUCCUACCAUGGUCCAGCAUCUCGUCCAAGAGCGGCAUCGAGUACAGCAGAACCAUGUGAAGGACGACAGAACACUUUCCGUCUUACCAGCCCGACACCUGAACCUCGGCGCUGCCGAUUUUUACGCAGAACCCAUCUCGGCCCUUUCCAGUGUCCAGGCCGUGUGUAAUAUCUGUACAUAAUAUACACUCAUGAUUAAUAUAUGCAUCAUCUUUAUCCCGCUCUCCUCUGAAAGCGAUCCCUCUGCUGAACUUCAUGCCUGUAAUUACGCUGCUGUGUAUAAAACAUCCGAUAGUUUGCUCGUGUUUUUUAAUAAUUUUUACGUCUGCCUGUUCCGGAGAAGGAAAGUCAAAGGGCGCUCGUCCUGCACACGUCGAGCCGCGUUUCACACAAAGUACUCGUCCGUUUGUUUUUUUUUUAAAUGUUUGUUUUUGUGAAGUUUUAAGUGAUACUUUUAAUGCACAUCGACGGUGCUGUCGAUCAUCGCUCGAGAAGUCAUUUCUGACUUUUAAUUUAAUCUGACAUGAUCACACCCAUCAACACAGUGUUGUUUUUAGAUCCGCAUGAUGAAAACACGAAUGUAACAGAUGGUCGAGGGUGUAAGCAGGUGAAAAUCAGGGAUUUCCAACACACAGAACUGUUGUUGUCAUAAAUCGCACGUUUUACGGAGCUUCACAUGAUGAUCGCAGAGAGCUCAGUGGAUUUCCAACCAGGAUCAGGAUUCACAGAGCAAGAGUUCCCCGAAGGAAAGAGGCGAGGCACGUUCCUGUUUUACAUUCAUGAUAAAUAUUAUCUUUCACAAAGGAAGAUAAUCAAAAUAAUUCAUCGUGUUAAAUUAAAGGUGCUUUUUAUCACGUUUUCAAGACCCCGAGCUCGUUCUGAACAUUUUGUUCGAAACCUGAAAGCUGUUUUCUUUCUUUCUCUCUCACUCAGAUAAAUUAACUAAAGUGAACCGUGUGUGAAUGCGAUCAGGCGUCAAAUCACAUGAUUGGUACAUUUAACAUCCUGUUUCAGGUUCCGCGACAGCAGGAAAGUGUGUUGUGGUCUGCACAGGAGACAGGAAGCGCUCCAUAUAUGGACAGAGAGAAAGUAUUCACGUGGAAACAAUGCUGAAAAAGGCUGAUAUUUUAAAAAAAAAAAUAUUUUUUUUCAAGUACAUACGAACAACUUUGACUGAGAGCUUUGAGUAAAAGCCGGUAAUUAAUUCAGUCAAAUCAAACACAGACAGAACAUCGCAAGAAAAAAAUGUUUCCAAAAUGUGUGAAAAUAGUGGGUGGUGAUGACCAUGACGUCCUCCUGAUCUCCCAAAAAACCCGCCAAAAACUAAUCCCAGGCCCAGACACGAGGAAUAUGUAGCCAAGUGCAAAAGUUUUCAUCCCCCGAGAAGCAAGGAAAGAAAAUCUCUGUAUUAAUGUUUGUGCAGUCAUAAUAACUUGAGGUGAACCCUGUGAGUUCCAAAUCUUUAAUCAGAGGUUUAAAGCUGGGUAUAAAACCUACAGGAUAAAAGGAUUCGUUUUCAAUUAGAAUUAGGAUCAGAGUUAUUAUGGGAUGUUCAUAUCACAUCCAGAAAGAAGAACUGAACUGAACUGAUUUAUUUUUCUCCGCUGUUAAGAUAUUAAUCUAAAAGUUUUGAUCAUUUUUGGUUGUAACUGAACACCACAAACAGCUUGUUGGGAUAAAUGACAAAUUUCAGUUUGUUUUUUUUCCCACUCAUCUAUAGUCUGAAUAAACGCUUGAAUGCAGAUCCUGAAAAUGAAAGAGAAAAUGUCACUGAGUUCAUGUGCAAUGAGUGAAGUGUGAAAUUCACACGAAAGCCCUGGUUGAUCCUGAUCUGAACCACUGAUCAGCAGAAGCCUCUCGUGCGUCAGGUUUGUCACCUGAUGAAUUCGAAGCGAACGCUGUUCUGUUUGUCAAAAAAAAAGUAUGAAAUAAUUUAAUUUUCUACGGAAGCCGAGAGAGGCCCUUCAUAUAAUCUUUUUUCAUUCACCUUGUUAUCCCGAGAUAACGACAUAAUUAAUUCAGGAUGUCGAGAAAACAACACAACUAAUUCGAGAUCUCGAGAAAACAAAACAAUUAUUCCGUGAUCUUGAGAAAACAAGACAAUUAUUCCGUGAUCUCGCCUUAUUAGGUGAUCGAUUAUUCCAGACAUUCUAAUGACCAAAGUUGCGUCUAUACAGAAUGAGAAAUAGCCCCAAAGUCAGCAUAUCACAAGUCUCUUGGCGCUCCUGAAUGAACCAUUUCUCAGCUGUUUACUCGAGAUCAGGAAAUAAUUUUGUUUUCUCGAGAUCAUGGAAUAAUUGUUUUGUUUUCUUGAGAUCAUGGAAUAAUUGUUUUGUUUUCUCAAGAUCUCGAAAUAACGGUUUUGUUUUCUCGAGAUCUCGAAUUAGUUGUGUUGUUUUCUCGAGAUCCUGAAUUAAUUAUGUCAUUAUCUCGGGAUAACAAGGUGAAUAAAAAAAAGGAUUAUAUGAAGGGUCUCUCUCGGCUUCAGUAAUUUUCGGAACCCUGUGUGAUUUAUUUUUUAUUUUUUGUAAUGUUAAGAUCUAUUUGUUCAGUGCAUGAAGCCCUGUGCACGAGCUCUCUCAGCUGUUGGAGAUUUAUAAUAACACAAUUAUAAAGUGAUCAGUUUUAUUAUUUAUUUGAAGUCUUGGUGAAACAUCUUGAUCGUUUGUCUGUUUUCUGCAUUUCUUUCAUAUCAAGCCUGACUGAUCUCACUUUUAAAAACCUGUUUGUCUUAAUUUUUGAUCCAAUCAUCCAUCCAUGCAGUCAUACAGAACAUUUCAAGAGGACGGAAGAGGUGUGUGUGUGAGAGAGAGAGAACACAAGGAAAUAAAAGAUGAAAGCAA